AUGGGCACUGAUUUACAAUACUGUCCUGAUUGCGAUGUAUUAGUGACUCCAUCAUAUGACUAAAUUGAAAAAUUAGAUUAGUUUAAAGAUUUUUGUCAAACCUCUGAAUCAAUAAAUGCAAACUGCUAUACAUGUGGAGGAAAUUGUAAUUUAUGUUAAAUUUUUCAAACUAAUUUAAAAUGCCUGUCCAAACAAAACAUACUCCCUUCCUUAAAUUCACCUUGUGAACUUCCAAAAUAUUAAAAUUUCCAAUAAAAUUGUGUAGACUGUUAAAUAAAACAUUGUUUGUAUUGCUUUAAUUAUUUUGCAGAUGAUCCAACGAGAACUACUUUAGGGUUUUUAGAUGAUUAUUCUUUUAUUAAAGAAGAAAUUGAAGAUGGAAGCUACUCUCUUAUUGAAGAAAAAAUUGUAGAAGGCUGUGCUUAAUGUGCUGAAGAGUAUAUCUUUGAUUUUACAAUUGGAGAGUGUAUAUUCAAGAAGCCGUCUUAAUAAAAUUGCCUCUAAUCUUAUAUUAAUUUUGAAAAUUAAGAAAUUUGUACUCUUUCUGCUAUUGAAGAUUUUAAUAUUGCUCUUGAAAUCACAAAUUGUUAAUCCCAUAUUCUUAAUUGUAAACAAUGCAUUAAAACUCCAUAAUCUACUCUUAAAUGCUUACUUUGUGAGGAUUAUUAUAUGGUGUCUACAUAAACAGGAGUUUGCAGUCUUUGCAAUUUGAAUUUUGCCAAAUAAUGUUUUGAAGAAAAUGGUUUAGAUCCUUGGAUUUUUUUAGUUCAAGGCUUUACAAUUUAAUUUUUACCUAAUAAACCUAUUUUUUCUGAGGCUGUAUAUAGGCCGAGAUCUUUAAUCACUGAAUGCAUACCAGGUUACCAAAAGGUAAAAAAUACUUGUCGUCUAUAUUGUGAUUAAAUGUGUUCUGUAUGCAAAAUUAGUGGCAACGAUUUUUAAUGUUCCAAGUAUGUUAAUCUAGUGGAAAAUGUUUUCAAUGUUCCUCAUUAUGUCAAGUUUGUGAAAUUAGACCAAAUGAAGAAAUAAAUAAAAUAAAUCCAUAUUUUUGCGGCAAUUCCACAAAAUACAAUUUACACUUACAGAUGCCUUAAAAAGGUUCCUCUUGAACAAAUUCAAAUUGAUCCAAAUUUAUAAAUUGCAUAAUAUUGUUAUUAAAACAAUUGCAAUAACAAUUUAGAAAUAAUUAAUGAUGGUACUUCUUGUAAUAAUCUUUUCAAUACAUAAUAUUAUGUAUAAUCAUAAUUGAAUUAUCAAUAUUUUAACAAUAUUGGUCUUAAGGAAAUGACUCUUACAAUUUAUCUACAAAAAAAAGAUUGCAAGUUUCUCAGUAAUGAUCAAUCUCUUGAGAAUGCUUAUAAGGAAAAUAUUUUUUCUUUACAAAUAGCAAGAUUGAAAAUUUAAGGUAUGAAUUCCCCUGUUAUAAUAAUUCUUCCAUUUACUUUGAACUUUUUAAAAUAUGAUGUUGUUGUAUUAAUUAAUAUCUAAUUUAAAAUUUACUCUUCUUUAGAUUUGAUAUUUCAAAACAGGGGCAAUCCAAUAGAUUUAAAAUUUAUUGAUACUCGAUUUUAAUAAGCUUUAGAUAAUGCAAUAUCAUUAUCUGUUCAAGGAAGUAGUUUCCUUAAUUUAAAUCUGAAGAAUUUAUAAAUUUUUUAUAGUAGCAUUAAAAAUUCAAUUUUAUUUAAUAUUUAUUGUACAGAUUCUGGUGACACUAUCAUAAUUGAUAAUUUUAACCUUUAGAAUUGCAAUUUUACAAAUUCAACCUUAUUUUAAUUUAAAAAUGCUUAAAGAACCAUUCUAAUUAAGAAUAUUAUUAUUGAUUCUUGUGAAUUUUAUAAUUCAUCAAUUGCUAACUUCGCAUUGAAUCUAGAUCAAAUUUCUAAUGUAAUAAUUAAUGAUGUCUAAAUAAAAAACUCGCUAUUUUUUAACACAAGCUUUAUUUAAAGCAAUGAGAGAACAACUUUUACUAUCAAUAAUCUUUUAGUUUUGAAAAAUAGGAUGAUGAAUUCAAAAUUUAUUACAUUUAAUUAUGAAUCUAAUUUUAAUGAUAUUUUAAUAAGGGAUAAUGUUUUAAUAUCAUUUUAAUUUAUUUCAUAAAUCUCAUCAAUCAUUGAAAACUAAGAAAUUUAUUUGAAUUAAAUUUAGAUUUAAAGAAAUACUAUUAAUAAUUCUUAAAUAUUUGUUACAGAAUAUAAGUAAACAAAAAAAUAAACUAAUAUUUUGUUAAGUAACCUUUAUUUUGAAGAUAACACUAUGACUUCUUAUUAAGAAUAGCAUUUUAUUAUAAUUAACUGCUUUAAUUUAACUAUCUAAAACAUUUUCAUAAAAAAUACAUUAAAUUAUCGUUUUUUUUCUUUAAUAUCUGUUCCUUUAAUAAAAAUUGAAAAUCUAAUUUAUGAAAAUUCAAUUCAGGAACAAAAAGUUCAGCUAUCAUCAGAAUGUCUAUAAAAUUAGAUAUCUCAUUCAUAACUAUUACAAGUUUCUGGGUUUAUUGAGAUAACUCUAAAUUUAAUUUAACUUAAAAACAUUUUUAGUAUAGAUUAAUCAAUCAUUUCAAUUUAAUCAAAUCCAUUUUUUAUGUAAAAUUCAAAAGAGUCUAUAAAAAUUAGAAACCUUAUUGUUAAAGGAAACAUAUUAAUAAAGCAACAAUUAGGAAAAUUAAUUUCUAUAAUUGUUUUAUAAACAGAAAACCCUUAAAUCAUUGAAUUAGAUAAAUUAUACUUUGAAGAGAAUAUUUUUCAUUAAUAUAAUAAAGAUCCUUCUGAAACUUCAGCAAGUCUUUUUUAUAUAGAUUCAGGAUAAGGCACUUUAAUGAUGAACAAUAUCAUUUGCUCUAAUAAUUCUCUAACAAAUUCUUCUCUAUCAUAUAUUUCAAUUUUUUCUAAUGAUAUAUAGAUAGAUAAUUUUUAAGUUUAAAAUCAUAAUUACAAUAAUCAAGAGUUUUGGGUUAAAUAUUACGAAAUUCAAUUUUAAGAUAACUAUAAUUAAACCGAAAUUACUUAUAUUAUUUCUCAAUCGUAUUCUAUCGAAACUAUAGGAGGAGCAUUAUCAACAACGGUGACUAAAUUUAAACUUAAUAAUGGUUUAUUUAAUUUUAUUAAAACAUAAGGUAGCCAAAUUUUUAACAUUAAUUUAUAAGGAGAUGGAAUAGUGAUGAUAUCAGACUGUAUUAUUAAUCACGUGCAUAAUUCAUUAUUAUCAACUUAAGAAUAAGAUGGUGCUUUUACAAUUAGUGGGAAGAAAAGCUUGUUAACACUUUAUCUUAAUAAUAUUAUUGUAACAGAUGUUUUAAAUAAACUAUCAUCAUCAAUCUUUUCAAUAUAUCCAUCUUCUUCAAAAAAUAAUCUAGAAUUAAAAAAUAUCAUUGCUAGGGACUGUUUCUCCCUUGUUAAUUUAAAAUAUUGA